AUGAUGGGCUCCAUGCCGACCGAGAUCCUUUCUCGCAUUUUCGAACACUUGGAGACCCCGAUCUCACUCCAGUACUGGGAGCCCGUAGACGGGGAUACGUUCCCCCCAUCUCGCGACCUCGUUGCGCUCUCCCGAGUAUCCCACCUCUUUCAAACAAUCGCGCGUCCGCUGAUGUACCGCACUGUCGCGCUGCGGUCCAAGAAAGGCGUGACCGAUAGCUCCAUGGACAAGUUUAUGAAUGUCCUAUGCGCUGACCCGUCAAUCGGUCACAAUAUUCAGGUGCUUCAAGUUGCACCUUGGUUGUCUAAAUUUGGCUUCGAAAACUUUGCCCAGAAGCUUUGCGCCUCUCCUGACAAGCUUGAUGAGAGGCAAAAGAGAUGGCUAAGUAUGUGGAUGGAAGCAGGGGAUGAUGACGAGUUCCGUGGUGAGGUCCUUGCCGCGCUUGUUGCCGCGCCUCGGCUGCAGACUCUGGACUACAUGGAGAUAGGGUCACUCAAGGGUAUCGCAGCGUAUCUCAGUGGCAGACAAGACGCGGAAGAUGAUUACUUCGCGACGGCUCUAGAUGGAGAUUCCGACAGCGACAUGGACGAUGUUGAUUACUUCACGACGGCUCUAGAUAGCGAUACCGACAGCGACAGCAAUGCUCCUGAUGAGAUUGGAUCUAAAAUCGCUUCUAAAGAUGGAGACGAGGACGGAGAGUCUGGCGACGUCCCGGCCGGCCACCAGGAGAGCCAACUGCUUGGUCCCCCAUCUGAGAACCCCAUGUCACGUCUAAGAGAGGUGCGCGUGGGGUUUCGCUGCGACGGAAGCAUUCUGGAGAGGGUUCAAAAAGUCGAGGGUGUUCUUCUCAACCCCGGGCUUGAGAUUCUUCGGCUGUCCGCCUUUAGAUGGACUAAAUACGAGGUCGAGGCUAUGAAAUGGAAGAAUGACACGAGCAAUAUCACAACUCUGCAACUCAAGAACUGCCUCAUCGAUGAGAGGGGCCUCGCCAAUGCUUUGCGGCGCUGCCGCCGCCUGCGCCAUCUUGAUAUAGCCCUGGCUGGUGAUAAUAAUAACCAUCUUGACACACUCAAUUUGAAUGAGAUGGGCGUUGCCUUGAGAAGGUUUGGGCAGAGCCUAGAGUCACUAGACUUCGACAGCACGGAAUCUGGAGAUUAUACCAUGGUUGGACAUAUAGGACCUCUGAGUGAAUUGAGCCGCCUGAAGAGUCUCAAGAUAUGUCCUAACGAUUUCGGAAAGUUCGAAGAGAAUGAAGUGAAUGAAGAGGAGCUGAAGAGGGAAUUCAAGACAUCAUUGCCACCAACACUUCAAUUUAUUCGCAUACGCCCUUCCAGAAGGAAGAGAACAAUGCCAAUUCUUCUUACACUACUUACGGAUGAGGUCUUUGGAGGACUACAGACGGUAGAGGUUGGAGGUGUCGUUAUGUUUCAGGAUGACACGAAGGCCCUGGAAGUUCCUGGAUGGUCUAAGUCUUUUAGGACUGACAAGGUUUGCAGCAAUGGUACUCACCCAGUAGAAUUUGACAACUUUUUCAGCGUAAACUUUUCACGAGAUGUCGAAGUACGUUAA